CUGGAAAAUGGCGUUGUGGUGCGGCGCGAGCUCUCGGUCGCUACUCGUCUUCGAUGAGCAGCUAUUCGCCAUCGUAAACUGGUACGCGUCACAUGGAUGUGACCAUUGGGAAUGAGGUGUGCGAGGAAAAACGUCGUGAAGACAGUUGUUUGAGUGAUUGGGAGAGAAAAGCCGACGGGAAUAGCUGUUUGUCCAUAUUAAGUAAAAUGUCUUCUGUACAAGUGGAUCGUCCUCCGAAGAUGGGGCAAAACAAUAAGAAAGAGAACGAAAAAUCUAGAAAAGCUUUCAAUCCUUCACACAAGAAGCACAAUAAGCAUGAUGAUAAUCGUCACUUUAAGUUCAGUAACAGAAAACGUCCUCAGAGCAGCUUUAACAGCAGUGGAAAGUUCUUUCCACCUUAUAAACGUAGAAAGAAGGAGGGUAUGAUUAUACCCCCUACAAAAUUUUUGCUUGGUGGUAAUAUUUGUGAUCCCUUAAAUUUAAAUAGCAUGCAAGAUGAAGAAAUAAAUAGGGCUAUGAAUGCAGUGACUCCUAAAUCAAGUCCACUUCCCACUCCAAAGCACAAAAAGGAGGUAAUUGAGGUGAUUAUUCCUCCAAAUAUAUGUGAUCCAUUGAAUUUAACAAAUUGCAAUGACAAUGAAGAGUACGAGAAGCAGCUAAUUUCACCCACAAAAAAAAAUUCUAAACGAAGAAACAGGAAAAGAAAGAGAGCUUCUUCUGGAUCUGGAAAGGAUGAAGCAACAAUGGAACAAAAACAGAUAGAGUCUGAUGAAGCCAAAAAGUUGAAGGAAACAGAAGGCAACAAUAGUGCAGUAGUUGAACCUUUAAUGGAACUGCUUUUCGAUGAAAGAAUUAGCUUAAAAGAAAUGCAAAAUGUCCAAAAUGAAAAUAGUUCGACUGAAAAUAAAACAGAGAGUCCCCAGAAAGAUAAGAAUAAAUUACGAUUAAAAGGUUUGGAGGAAGUAAAAGAUAAAAGAUUGAGAAAAAUUGAUGCAAAGGAUAAAAUAGUGAGUCCAGUGAUUCCGCAACCCGGUGCGUGGAAGCCCAGACCUCAACAUAGGCCUAGCCAGGACAAGAAAAAGAAACAACAACAUACGAUGCCUAAUUUCAGGCCCAAAGACGCUAGAUAUCAAUAUGGAAAUUAUAACAGGUACUAUGGAUACAGAAAUCCCCAUCAUGAAGUGGAUCCUAGGCUAAAAGUUUUUGCACAGCGAAAAGAAUUGUUUUUGAGAAAGGAUAUUCUGGAUAUCGGAUGCAAUAUUGGUCACAUUGCGUUCUCAGUCGCCAGGGAUUUUGGUGCUAAAAGUGUCGCAGGAAUUGAUAUUGAUAGAACUUUGAUAAAUAUCGCUCGGAAAAACGUGAAAUAUUAUGUUAAUUGUGUGCAAAGUCCUGCAAGCAAUGAAGACAAUGAGAGGAGAGAUUCUUCGGAUGUCAGCUUCUUUCCUAUGUCGAUGCCAAUUAGUUAUGGGCCUGUGGAUAUUCCAGGAUUUACAAAACAUAAACAACACAAAGGAUUUCCCUACAACGUUACUUUUGUGCAGUGUAAUUAUGUGCUUGAAGACGAUUCACUUCUGUGUGGAGAGCAGCCGCAAUUUGACACGAUUUUAUGCCUUUCCAUCACUAAAUGGAUCCACUUGAAUUUUGGCGAUGCUGGUUUAAAACGAGCUUUCAAACGUAUGCACGCUCAAUUGCGACCUGGCGGAGUUCUUAUAUUGGAACCCCAAGGUUGGACCAGUUAUGUCAAAAAGAAGAAUCUCACGGAACGUAUUUAUAAAAAUUAUCACAGCAUCGAAUUUCGACCACAUAAGUUUACACAAUAUCUUCUAUCUUCCGAGAUUGGCUUUUGUAAGUGCGAAGUCAUCUCCAUCCCCUCUCAUCCCUCUAAAGGAUUUCAACGACCCAUACAUCUUUUUACCAAAGCUGGUGGUUCUUCUUCUACUGUGACUGAAGAAACCGAUGAUGACGUCGCUAACAAUGCAUUAUCAAAUCGUCAAGGGAGAAUGACAAGAAGAGAUCAGGAAGAGAUUCGUGAUAUGGAAAGAAUAAAAUAUGAACUGGAAUUAUUUCCGAAAGAAAGUAUCAAUAGAGGUAACAUUUCGGAGAUUAGUCAACACAGUGGGGAUUUGAAUCAAUACGAGCAGUUGGCGAACGUUUAUGCACCCAGCGCUACGCCAUGUUAUGAUACUCCAAGUCGCAAUAGUGAUAGCCAACCUUCGGAUAUUCCAUCUUCUGACGCAUUAAGGAUAAAAGAAGAAAAAGAUGAAAAUUUAUAAAAGGAAAAGAAAGAAAAUAUAGUUGAAGAAGAAGAACGGUUUGAAGCAGUAAAGAAAAGAAAAAUUGUAAGAGGGAAAAGAAAACAAUAUUAAUAACUUAAGAAAUAGAUAAAGAUGACGGCUGAAAGAAGAAAAGAAAAAGGAAGAGAAAGAGAAAAAAAUAUUAAUUGAAAGUAUUUUUCCGUAUCCAUACAAAAA